AUGGGUUCAGCCGCUUCAUCUACAGUUGCAGCUACAUCAACUAUCGCAACGCCUGCUACAAAGGAUGACAUAGCCUCUGUAGCUGACCAAGUUUCCCCCAAGGUCGAUUCCGCAAAUAGCCCCGCAACGAUAACGAAGGGCGACAAGAAGUUAUCUUGUAAGAAACAUAAACACAAUGUGUCGAAGAAGAAAGAUAGACUCAAGAAGCAUAAGAAAAAUACGAAGAGAAAGAAUGUCAAGGAAGAAUCUUCUUCAGAGGAUGACACCACAUCGGAGUCUGAUGCAUCAACUUCUGAAUCGGAGGAAUCUGAAUCAGCCGAGUCUACUCCUGAGACUAGUGAGACUGACAGCGAGUCCGAGAAGCAGAAACGAAAACACAAAAAGUCCAAACAUUCCAAGAAGAACAGAAGGAGACGACGUGGCCAUAGGGACGAAGAUGACUCUGAUUCGGAUUCAAGUACCAGUAGCGAGGAAGACGCUAUCGCAAACCGGAAGGCCUUGAAACGAUUGAAGAAACGCAAAGCAAAGAAAAUUGCAAAGAAGCUUCUGUCUGACGAUGAAGACGAAGAGGAAGAAGUAGACUCGGAAGACAUCGAAGUACGCAGACGAGUAGCUAAUUUACGAUUAAAGCAGGCAGGGUCACGCCGCCUGCAAAAGUUGAAGGAAGAGUCGGGAAAGAAGGGUAAAACUAAGAGAGCUUCCAAGGUUGCCUUUAAACGUGUGGAUGAAUUAUGGGACAGCACGAUCCAUAAUUACAAACUACGAGAGACACUUGAUGACCCCGACGCGGAUGAGUUUGAUCAAUACAUUUUUACUGUACGUCGUAAAUUUGACUGGGAGAACAAAUACAUGGAAACCGUGGUAGAUAUUAAGAGCAAACCUCUCCGAGAGGCUCUGAGCACAGUCAUGGAAGGCGUCAAGGCCGUGAGCUUGGUAACUGAUAAGCCAAUUGUGGAUCCGAACAUGCUCUUCCUGUAUCUGGAGGAAGCCCGAGCUCACAUGAAAGAACUUAAAAAGCUCGUCAAAACAGAGAAGAAGAAGAAGGCUCGCAAACUAGCCGCCAUGAAAGCUGCCCAUUUGAAAGUCCUAAUCAAGUACCUGGACACCGAUUAUGCGGAGACCAAGAAGACACUAUACCCGUUGUUAGAUUCUAACAUGAUCACCUUUGAUUUGCUCUGGGCUUUGUUCAAACCAAAUACUAUCGCCUACACUCCUACCUACGGCCAUGCCGAUGAGCCUCGGGCAUUCAAGAUCGAGUAUGCCACCAAAGAAUCAUCGUUCAUGAAAGGGACAUGGUAUGUUAUCGAGGGUAAAUACCUCGAAUAUGACGGCAAGACUUUUGGUAUGGGCAACAUGGCAGCAGACGUGGAAUCUUUCAAGGGGGCCCGUAAGAUUACUAGCCUCGCUUGCUAUCCUUUGAAGUACCGCCGCGAUGCCGAUGAUGUUAAGACCAAGCUCAUCGAGCGUGGCAAAAAAUUCGUGGCAUUGCGUGGCAUGAACUACCGUUUUCACAAGGGCAUGGCUUUCUUCAAGAAGAAGCGUUCUGUGAUCAAAGUCAACAUUAAUGGUCGGGUUAUGAUUGACCCUGCCUUACACCGCCGGAUCAAUCCAAACUAUGCUAUAAGCACCGUUCGACCGAAAGAUCCCGAUAUGCUAGACUCUGACUCCGAAGAAGGUAGCGACGACUGCUGUUGUUGCGCUUCCUCGUCAGAGGACGAUCAUGCUAACGGCAAUGAUGACUCGGAGCCUCCUCGCCCUAGAUAUAAGUUUGUCCGAGACAAGCAGGGCAAGGCACAUAUCAUAGAGGUUGAAAUUGAUGAAAAUGGGAAUGAAAUUCCUCCCAAGGAAGAUUUCGAUAAACUUGAAAAAGACAAGGAGGGCAGCAUGGAGGAGCCAGAGCUGGAAUUCACAGAAGAAGAGCUUCUCAUUGCAAGCCCCGUCGUGUUGGGCUUUGCUUUCGGGGAAAAGCUCUGGCUCGAAUUCAGUGUUUCAGGUGUUAACGAAAUUGAAUGGAACGACGGCGCCUUCGAUUCUCUUGUUCUACCAGACAAUCAAAAAUCUAUUGUCAAAGCUCUCGUCGAAUCUCACACCUUCCACGCCGCCGAAAACAUCGAUGAUGUCAUUCAAGGAAAAGGAAAAGGCUUGGUUGCAGUAUUGCAUGGUCCUCCAGGUACCGGCAAGACGUUAACAGCCGAGGGUAUUGCUGAGCUCUUGAAACGGCCUCUCUACAUGGUCAGUGCGGGUGAAUUAGGCACCGACUCGCGCAGUCUCGAAGGCGAACUGAAUAAGAUUCUGGACAUUGCACACUCGUGGGGUGCUGUCUUAUUACUCGACGAAGCAGACGUGUUCCUCGAGAAACGAACCAUCCAGGAUAUCCACCGUAAUGCCCUUGUUAGUAUCUUUUUGCGCUUGCUGGAAUACUUCCAAGGCAUUCUAUUCCUUACAACCAACCGUGUGGAAACCUUCGAUGAUGCCUUUCAAUCCCGUAUACACAUUGCCUUGCGGUACGGCGAUCUUACUCUCAAAGCCAAACGCAGUGUCUGGAAGAUGUUCCUCGACAAAGUCAAAUCAAUUGAUGGCGUCCAAACCAGCGAGUUUACCGACAAGGAUCUCGACGUGUUAGCUCGUCACAAUCUGAAUGGCCGUCAGAUCAAAAACUCCGUUCGUACAGCGCAAGCACUGGCUGUUAAUGAGAAGUCAGCUCUAUCGAUGUCUCAUAUCAAGCGUGUUCUUGAAGUUGCAGAGACGUUUGAACAGGAUCUCAAGGGUGGAACAGGAUACAUGGAUGCAAUGCGGAGUUAUACUUAG